AUGGCGGCGCCGCUCCUCUUCUACGACCUCAGCCUCCUCCCGUCCUCCUUCUCCUCCUCCGGUGACGGCGGCGAUGGCAACUCCAACUCCUCUUCCUCCUCCCGCCUCCAACUCUUAGCCCGCCACGGCGCGCGCUCUCGAGCUCGGCUACGCCGCCGUCGCUCUCGACCACCCCCCCACCGCGGCCUCCUCGCCGACUCCCACCGCUGCCGCACCGAGCCUUUCGCGCCCCUCUCCUCUCUCCCGCUCCCAUCCUCCGCCGCUCUCCAUCGCCGCCGCCUCGCCUCCCCCGCCUCCGAGCCCUUCCGCCACCACCGCUUCCGCGCUCGCCCCUCCGCCUCCCGCCUCCUCCGCACCUACGACCUCGUCGCAGCCCGCCCCUCACCCAGGCCGCAUUCGAUCACCUCUGUCAGGCACCCCUCUCAGCUCAACACCUUGAUCUCAUCUCCAUCGAUUUCUCCUCCCACGCUUUUGGUGGACUGGACUAAAGGAAAAAAUCUCAUCAUCUCAAGCGCUGCUCAUACUGCUUCCCAGAUCAGAGGCCCCUAUGAUGUCAUCAACCUAUCUGCUUAUUUACUUGGCAUUCCCAUUGACCGAGCAAAAGCUGCUAUGUCCACAAACUGCAGGUCACUUGUUUUCAAGGCUAUAAGGAAGAAACACUUCUACAAAGAAACAAUUAGAGUUGCCAGACUAUUACCAAAUGAAGAGUUGACUUCAACAAAAUUCAAGCUUGCUGAUUGGAUUGGUUGGAAUUCUGUAUCGUCUGAAGUAGGAGCAAAUCAGCUGGAACCUUCUUCCAACCUUGAUGAACUUCCUGGUUCACCCAUAUGUGGUGUAAUAGAAGGUUCACACGAAAAACCUCACAAUCCUGAUAUGUCUGUCUUUGCUAAACUGUCAGAACAACCUAGUGAUCAAGAUCAAAUCCCAUCCGAAACUCAAGAAGAGACACUACAAGUUGACAGAACUGAAGUCCUGACAGAUUGUGACCAAUCUAUCUUGCCAGCAUCUUUCAAUUAUCAGAAUGCUAUACUUGAGAAGGCCGAAAACAAUGAAGUUUUUGUGAAUCCUUUUGUGCAGCCUGGUACAGGUUGUUUUGCUGACCCAAAAAUUAACUCCAAGCAUGUUGAAUUCGUGCAGGAUGCAAUGGAAGUAGAUACAAUAGAAUCAUGUAGGCCAAAACUCGUUGUCGGUGACAAUAUUCCUUCAACCUCUGAUACUAGUGCGAAGCUAGCAUGUUCUGCUCUUCCCCAUGGCAUAGAGCUUUCUGGUACUAGUCUUGAGGAUCAGGGGCCAAGUCACUCUAGUGAAAUGCUAGCUAAUGAUAAGUCUUAUAUGAAAUAUCACACUGAUUGCACCUCUGGUGUGAGUGAGGUUCAUGAAAUUUCUUCUGGUGCUGAUGUUUGGCCUGAGGACAAGGAUUCAGACAGGUCUAAUGGAAUGCAAGCUGAUAAUGUGGCUUGCAGAGGUACUUCGGAACCACUGGAGUGUCCCCUAUGUGGGGUAGAUGACAAGGCACCAUCUGAUCUUUCAUUUCACUCAAGUCAUGAAUUAUGCAGGGAUGUUAUAAUUCAGCCGAAAGUUAUGGAGGGAAAAGUAGAGCAAAGUAGGGAUGAAAACAUAGUACAAACUGUGGAAAAUGAAGCAGAAUCUGUUGACACAAAAACAAGAACAUCUAUUUCAGUGGAACCUGCGUCCCAUGGUCAGGAGAUCAGCUCAACUAUUCAUACAAGAAGCACUGGUGCAAGCUGUGAAAGUGAUGAGCUGAAAGAACAGAAUUCUAAGGACAUAAAUGCUUCUUUGGAUAAAAGUAUUGCUAAAACACAUGAGCUACUUCUAAAAUUUCCUUAUCCAAGUGGUAAGGCUGGGAUGUCCACAGUCAGAUCAGAAAAGCGAAGACAUAAACUAAGGCCGCACCAUCCGGCUUAUCUUCCUUUCUUGGGCUUCCUUCGGUCCGUUUGUUUCAAGAAGAAAAUAUGCAAAGUAGUUACAUUCUUACCAAGUAUUGUUGACUUUAUUGUAAAUGGAACAGAAACAUUUGGCUGCAUGCUUGCUCAUGAAGUGUUCUGUCAUGCUAACGCUGAACGCUGA